CUGAAAUCUGUGCCUCAGUGACUGAAUUUGCAGUUCACUGCAGACGAACGGGUUUCUGACGAAUCUAAAACUAAGGUUUUUAUUUGUAAUAUAAUUGCAUGAGCUUACUAUUUGUAUUCGUUUCUUGGAUAUUUCACACUAUUUUGGACCAGAACAUUUAUUUUUCAGUAAGGAUAAGAUUUCUGAAUUCAUGUAUAUUUCUCCAAUAUGAAUGAGUCUGAGGAGAGUGAGGAGGGAGGUCAUACCUCUAAACCCCCCCUGUCCUGGGAGCAUGGCCACCAAAGCAAAGCUGAGAGCCCAGAGCAGGAGAGAUCCAGUUCUCCCGUUGCCAGCUGUGUCUCCAUGACUAGUGACAAGUCUAUGGGUCAUCCUGUGAACUUUAAAGAUGGAAAGCAGUCUACUGAUAAAAGAAGUGAGAAGAAUCAGGAGACAUCAGACACCACGGUUCCCAGCCAUGUCUUCGUGAAGAGUGACGGGUCAAUUGGUCAGCCUCCGAACUUUACAGAUGAGCGCCCGUCCACUGAUGAAAGCCCAGAGAAGGAGAGAUCCAGUUCUCCCGUUCCAAGCUGUGUCUCGAUGACUAGUGACAAGUCUAUGGGUCAUCCUGUGAACUUUAAAGACAGAAAGCAGUCUACUGAGAAAAGAAGUGAGAAGAAUCAGGAGACAUCAGACACCACGGUUCCCAGCCAUGUCUUCGUGAAGAGUGACGGGUCAAUUGGUCAGCCUCCGAACUUUACAGAUGAGCGCCCGUCCACUGAUGAUAGCCCAGAGCAGGAGAGAUCCAGUUCUCAUGUUGCCAGCUGUGUCUCCGUGACUAGUGACAAGUCUAUGGGUCAUCCUGUGAACUUUAAAGACAGAAAGCAGUCUACUGAGAAAAGAACUGAGAAGAAUCAGGAGACAUCAGACACCGCGGUUCCCAGCCAUGUCUUUGUGAAGAAUGACGGGUCUAUUGGUCAGCCUCCGAACUUUACAGAUGAGCGCCCAUCCACUAACGAAAGACAACACCAAGAGAGCUCAAAGGAGACCAGUGACAUUAGUGAGCUAUUGCCUGCGUCAAAUCAAUCAGAUCCGAAGACCAAGUUCAUGCUGGUGAAGGCGACUGUGCAAAAAUUUGUAGACAAGGAGCUGGCGAAGCUUUGGGGGGCUCACUUCCCAGAGUACCCACAAUGCUCAGGGAGUCAGGCGAAGGAUGAUGUUGGGAAGGGCGAUGACGAGGAGGCACUGGAUGAAGAGGAAGAGCAGCAGCGGAAAAGUGCCAUCAAGGGAGUUGGAAAGAUCACACUGCUCUGCAUGAUGAGGAUGAAGGAGGAUGAGAUGGCUCACACUCUCAAGAGCGAAACUCUUGCGGUUAAGUGCAAACAAAAACUCAAGUGUCACAUGAUGGAGAAGUUCCGGAGUUGGUUUGAGGGAAUCGCUAAGGCGGGACAGCCGUCACUUCUCAAUGAGAUCUACACAGAGCUCUUCAUUACGGAGGGCGGCAGUGGAGACAUCAACAAUGAGCACGAGAUCAGACAGAUUCAAAUUGCUUCCAGGAAACCAGCAAAGGAAGAAAUGUGUUUCAUCAAAUGUGAAGACCUCUUUCAAGCUACUGCUGACAACUCUCAACCAAUCAGAAGAAUAUUGACCAAAGGAGUUGCUGGCAUCGGUAAAACCGUCUUAACACAUAAGUUCACUCUGGACUGGGCCGAAGGCAAAGCCAACCAAAACAUAGACUUCACAUUUCACGUGACUUUCAGAGAGUUAAAUUUACUGAAAGACAAAACGUUCAGCAUGGUGGAACUUGUCCAUCACUUCUUCAUUGAAACCAAAAACGCUGAAAUCUGCAACUUCGAAAAGUUCAAAGUAAUUUUCAUCAUUGAUGGUCUGGAUGAGUGCCGGCUUCCUCUGGACUUCCACAAGAAUGGGACCUGGACGGAUGUCAAAAAGCCCACCUCGGUGGAUAUGCUACUGACAAACCUCAUCAUGGGCAACCUGCUUCCCAAUGCAUGCAUCUGGAUAACCACACGUCCUGCAGCAGCCAAUCGGAUCCCUGCUAACUGUGUGGACAUGUUGACAGAGGUGAGAGGGUUCACAGACUCACAGAAGGAGGAGUAUUUCAGGAAGAGAUUCAAGGAGGAGACGCUGGCUGGACAAAUCCUCUCACACAUCAAGAGAUCGCGAAGCCUGUAUAUCAUGUGCUACAUCCCAAUCUUCUGUUGGAUCACUGCUACAGUCCUGGAGCAUUUCUUCCACACAUGGAAGAGACAAGGAGAUAUGCCCAAGACUUUAACUGAGAUGUACAUCCACUUCCUGAUAGUUCAGUCCUUACAGGAGAACAUUCGGUAUAAUGGAAAACGUGUACCAGAUUCACAAUGGUUUAAGAAGAGCAGGAAGAUUCUUUUAUCUCUAGGAAAACUGGCUUUUAACCAGCUAGAGAAAGGUAACCUGAUUUUCUAUAAGACAGACCUGGAAGAAUGUGAGAUCGAUAUCAGAGCAGCCUUAAAGUACUCAGCUGUGUUCACCCAGGUCUUUAAAGAGGAGUGCGGGCUUUACCAGGAAAAGGUGUUCUGCUUCAUUCAUCUAAGCAUUCAAGAGUUUCUUGCUGCCAUGUAUGUCUUUUGGACCUUCAUCAACACUGGUGUCAAUUCACUUUCAAAAAAGAAAUGCAUAAUGGAUCUCCAACACCUCUAUAAUAUGGCUGUGGACAAGGCCAUAGAAAGUGUGAACGGACACCUGGACUUGUUCCUUCGCUUCCUCCUGGGACUUUCUCAGGAGACCAAUCAGACUCUCCUACGAGGCCUGCUUGGAGAGACAGGAAAUAGAUCACUGACUAAUGCUAGCACAGUUGAAUAUAUCAAGCAGAAACUAGAUCAGGAUCUCUGUCCAGAGAAAACCAUCAAUCUGUUAAACUGUCUGAAUGAAAUGGGCGGCCGUUCUCUAGUGGAGGACAUACAGAAGUACCUGACAUCUGGAAGUCUCUCCAGGAAAACUCCAGAACCUGGUCAGUGGGCUGCUCUGGUCUUCAUCUUAUUGUCAUCAGACAAUGAACUAGAUGUGUUUGACCUGAGGAAAUACUCUGCUUCUGAGGAGGUUCUUCUGAGGCUGCUGCCAGUCGCCAAAGUCUCAAAGAAAUUGCUACUGAGUGGCUGCAAUCUGUCAGAGGGAUGCUGUGAAGCUCUGGCCUCAGUUCUCAGCCAAAACUCCAGUCUGAUAGAGCUGGACCUGAGUACCAAUGAUCUGCAGGAUUCGGGGGUGAAGCUGAUCUCUGUUGGACUGGAGAGUCUAGACUGUACACUGGAAACUCUCAGGUUGUCGGCCUGCCUGGUCACAAAGGAUGGCUGUGAAGCUCUGGCCUCAGCUCUCAGCUCCAAUUCCUCUAGUCUGAGAGAGCUGGACCUGAGUACCAAUGAUCUGCAGGAUUCAGGAGUGAAGCUGCUCUCUGGUGGACUGAGGAGUCCAAACUGUACACUGAAAACACUUAAGAUGAAUGGCUGUCUUCUGACAGAGAGAUGCUGUGAAGCUCUGGCCUCAGCUCUCAGCACAAAAUCCUCUAGUCUGAGGGUGCUGGACCUGAGUUCCAAUGAUCUGCAGGAUUCAGGAGUGAAGCUGCUCUCUGCUGGACUGGAGAGGCCAGACUGUACACUGGUAACUCUCAGGCUGAAAAACUGUAGUCUGUCAGAGAUAUGCUGUGAAGCUCUGGCCUCAGUUCUCAGCUCCAACUCCAGUCUGAUAGAGCUGGACCUGAGUACCAAUGAUCUGCAGGAUACAGGAGUUGGGCUGCUCUCUGCUGGACUGGGGAGUCCACACUGUUCAUUGAAAAUCCUUAGGAUGAAUGGCUGUCUUCUGACAGAGAGAUGCUGUGAAUCUCUGGCCUCAGUUCUCAGUUCCAAAUCCUGUCGUAUGAGAGAGCUGGACUUGAGUACCAAUGAUCUGCAGGAUUCAGGAGUGAAGCUGCUCUCUGUUGGACUGGGGAGUCCACACUGUACACUGGAAACACUCAGGCUGACAUACUGUAGUUUGUCAGAGAGAUGCUGUGAAGCUCUGGCCUCAGUCCUCAGCUCCAACUCACCUAGUCUAAAAGAGCUGGACUUGAGUACCAAUGAUCUGCAGGAUUCAGGAUUAAAGCUGCUCUCUGCUGGACUGGGGAGUCCAGACUGUACACUGGAAAAACUGAAGAUGAAUGGCUGUCUUCUGACAGAGAGAUGCUGUGAAGCUCUGGCCUCAGUUCUCAGCUCCAACUCCUCUAGUCUGAGAGAGCUGGACCUGAGUUCCAAUGAUCUGCAGGAUUCAGGAGUGAAGCUGCUCUCUGCUGGACUGGGGAGUCCAGACUGUACACUGGAAACACUCAGGCUUUCUGGCUGCCUGGUCACACAGGAAGGCUGUGCUUCUCUGGCCUCCGCUCUGAGCUCCAACCCCUCCCAUCUGAGAGCGCUGGACCUGAGCUACAAUCACCCAGGAAACUCAGGAGUUACGCUGCUCUCUGCUGGACUGGAGGAUCCACGCUGGAGACUCGACAAUCUCAGUGUGGAGCACAGUGGAGAAUGGAGGCUGACAUCGGGUGUGAGGAAGUAUGCCUAUGUAUUCACACUGGACCCAAACACAGUCCACACAUACCUCUCUCUGUCAGAGGGCAACAGCAGAGUGACGCUGGAUGAAGAAGAUAAUUGGUAUCCUGAUCACCCAGAGAGAUUUGACUUCUUUCAACAGGUGUUGUGUAGAGAGGGCCUGACUGGCCGCUGUUACUGGGAGGUAGAGGUACAAGGAGACGCUUCUAUAGGUGUUGCGUACAGAGAAAUAAGGAGGAAAGGACAGGGGGACCUCUCCUAUCUCGGAGGGCAGAAUAAGUCCUGGAGUCUGAAAUGUUACGCUGAUCAUUACAUUGCCUGCUGCAACAACAGAAGAAUAGACAUACGUCUCCCUCGUUCCACCCGCAGAGUAGGAGUGUAUGUGGACUGCCAUGCUGGCACUUUGACCUUCUAUAGGGUGACACCAGAGGUCUGCGACAAAGUAGAAGGACCCUCCUCAAACACAUGGGCACACAUCCACACCUUCCAGUCCACAUUCACCCAGAACUGCUACCCUGGGUUUGGGUUCAAGUUUUGGAGAAAUGGUGACACUGUGACCCUGUGUGACCUUUUUCAAUGAUCACACACACACACACACACACACACACACACACACACACACACACACACACACACACACAGUUGCAGGGCGGAGUGGGCCACUGUUUCAUAUCGGGAGCUUCCAGGACUGCCGCUGAUUUGUUGACGGGGGGGAAUACUAUAACUACUGUACACUUUUUAUUUUAUGGAUCGCCUUCAACAGAUCACUGUGGUCCCCCCAUUGUUGAGAUCAUCUUGCAGUCCAGUAAAGACCAGAACAACUUGCAAAACCUAACUGGAUUUGCAAACCCUUUAAUUUGCAGUGAAGCUAUCUUCCCGUGUUAGUAUUUUUGUUGUUGAUUGUGUAUUAAGGUGAUCAUUGGAGCCAUUUGACCUUAGAAUCAACAUGUAAUAACCUUGAACAUGUAUGCAAAAUAUUUUUUUUUAUUUAAAAAUCCCAAUUGAUAAAUAUAAGGACAUUUAAAAGUUUUACAGCAAAAAAAUGUUAAUUUAAUAAAUUGUUUUAAAUUUUA